ACUAAAUGAAUGUUUAAUUGGCAAUAAUUUAGGCAGCUAUUCAAAAUAUGUUAAGAAAUUUUUAUGAUUCUUUAAGAUCACCACCAAAUUUCUAAGUAGCAGUAAAUCAUUCGGUAUUAUGAAUAUAUUAUUUAAAUAGAAAGCUCAAGUUAUACAUAAACAAAUCAUUGCUGGAUCAGAAACAUGUCCUUGUUGUAAUCUGCCUAUUUAAACUAUUAAAUAUCCCAUAUUAACAGAUAUUAAUGUAUUAAGUGAACAUGGUACAUCAUACAAAUACUUUAAAUUGAUAAAAAUUAUAUUCAUUCUUCUGAGCAUUAAUUUGUAAGUUAUCUAAAUUUAUUUAGUGUAAUCGCUGGAAUAUAUAAUUUAUAUCAAAAUUACAAGGGAGAUUAAUGUAUUAAGAAUAAAACUUGUAAAAAAAGCCUAAACAAUUAUUUAUCUAUUUUAAAUAGAAUGCAAACUGCUUCGUAUUUAAUAGUUCUUAUUAUUAGUUAUGUAGAUGAAACUUUAGAUAUUUUAUACUUCAUAGCAAUUCUAUUACAAUUAGCUUUGGUUAGAUAUAUAUCAUAUAAUUAAAAUGAUUAUUAUAAUGUUGAUCAUGAUUAUGAUGAUGAAAAAACUAUAAAAUAAUGUUCUGUGAAAAUUGAAAAUAUUCCAUAAGAGUGUAGAAAAUCUGAUAUAUUGAAUUAUUUUUAAAAUGGUGUAUUAAAAGGAAAUCCAAUAUAAUUUGAUAUUAUUGACUGUUGUUUAAUUUAUGAUGAGACUUAUUUAAUAACUAAAUUAAAAUAAACAAUAAAAAGGAGAAUAGAAUAAGAAAACAAUAUGUAUUUAUUUAUUUUUAAUAAGAUCAUUGAAAAAAAUAAUAAGUGAUACAGUUAAGCAGGAAUUUAUUGUUACAAAUAGAGAAUAAUAUUUAAAGUUUACUGGAAAAGUAUUUAUAACUCUUUCAUUUGAAGUAAAAUAAUUAUUAAUAUAUUUCAGUAAGAAGCAAAAAAUUUUAGGAAGACAUUUGAUUAUUAAUAUUCUGCAAGUUUAUGCUAAAGACCUUCAGAUGUAAUUUGGAAAAAUAAUAAAGAUUAAAAUAUCAAAGUAAUAUAUUUAAAAGGUUUUUUUCUUCUUUUUUCUUGGAUCCCUAUUAUUGGUAUUUAAGUGGCAAAAAAUGAUUAUAUUUUAGCUCACUCUGAGACAGAUGAAGAUUAAUUAUAUUUUAAUACAUUUUUAAGCAUAGUUGUUGCUGUUAUUUUAUUUACUGCCACAAAAUUAAGUGAAAAAAUAAUUAAAGAGCUUGCGAUAUAUCAUUCAAAUACCAAGCAUCGUUAAAAAUGGAAAAUGUACCUAUAAAUGAGUGAGGGCUUUUUAAUUAUUUAUUUCUAUCUAUUUCCUCCUAUAUUUACAGCAGUAUAUUCAGGAGAAGGUACAAGAUAGGAAAAAUUAUGGAGAUCUGGUGGGUUAAGUGAAGAUAUUAUUAUGAUAGUUUUGUCGAACUCUAUUUUACCAAUUUUAUUUACUUUUAUAGAUUUUUAAUAUGCAAUUAAAUUGAUUAGAAUUAUUUAUUACAAAUAUAUUAAUAGAUAAUCAAAUUUAACAUAAUUUGAGGCAAAUUAAUUAUAUUUAAGAAAAAUUAACUAUAAUAAAAAGAGGAUUGAAUUAACUCUUUUAGUUUCAUUGUGUUGUUAUUAUGGUUACAUCUAUCCUAUAUGUUAUCCUAUUACACUUUUGACUCUUUUCUGUACUUAUUGGCUGAAUAAAUACUAUUUUUUAAAUUAAGGAAUUAGUGACAAUAUUAAAUUUAAGUAUCGAUUGCCUAUUUUAUUGAUAUUCAUGUUAAUAGGAAGUUAAUUGGGAUCUAGUCAAAUUAUUCACAUCACUUAUUUGGGAUAUAACCCUGAAAAAACAACAAAUUACAUUUACUAUUUAAAAGCUUUUUUUUUGUUCUAUAUUUUUUAUUAUAAAAAACAUUGGUUAUUUAAGAAGAGAGUUGAAUAUCUUAGAUCAAAUAAUGAUUUAAUGCAAUGUCUUUAGAAUAAUGACUUAUAUACAAAAUAUAAUCCAAUCAUAGAUGAGGAUGCUGUAAAUUAUUAUUAUAUUUUUUAGAAUUUAUCCAGAUUUUCAAGAUAAGCUAAAUUUUACUCUGCUCUCUAAGUAAAAUUAUUAAGAGAAAUUGAAAAAGAAAUAUAAAAUCCAAUUCCAAAUGCUUAAAUUUAGCCUAUUUGA